UUCAAUUGAAAAGAUCCGGAUUGAGGAAAUGGGGUUAUGUUAUGAUUUUUAAAACCUAAGCUUAUAACUUAGAGCAAGUUUAUUAUUGACAUUCACAUUGGCGAUAGGAUCUAGAUCUAGAUUCUACUCAUGGAUUUUAAAAGGUGUCUGCGAAUACCACGAGGAAUAUAGAUCUAUUGGUAUUUAGAUCUGAAAUGUUACACAGUCAGAGUCACUGAGUCAGGUAGACCUGGUCCUCGGUACUGCCAGUACUGGUGGUAAGGACUAACUCACUAAGGACAGUAAGUUUCUUCACAUCUAAAGGAGAAGAGAAUGAUUUAUUUUGAAAUGCUGAGUUGAUAAACCUACAAACACAAACGAACAACUUUUGUUCUCAUGGCCAUGGCAUAUCCUCCCAGCUCUAACGGUGAUCCUGGCUCUCCAGUCAAAGAGUCCAUUAGCCCUAACAGGUCUCCUAGAAAGUACAGCGAUGCCAAUGGGAGCUUGGGAGACUCUGGAGCGCCAGCCACUGACAGAUAUGGAUUUUUGGGAGGCAACCAAUACACAGAUCCUGAUGCGGAGAGAAGGUUACCCCAAGAGACGCUACGAAAACGAGAAACAAAGUGGCUGGACAUGUUCAUAAACUGGGACAAAUGGAUGUCUAAACGAUUCAAAAAAGUUAAAGAGAGGUGUAGAAAAGGUAUCCCGCCUUCAUUAAGAGCUAGGGCUUGGCAGCACCUCUGUGGUAGCAACUUUACCAUGGAGCAGAACAAAGGAGUCUUUGAAGAUUACUUGAAACGCCAAGGAGACCCAAAGUGUAUUGAUGAUAUCAACAAGGACUUGGACCGUCAGUUCCCAUUGCAUGAAAUGUUUCUAUCCAAAGGAGGUGUUGGGCAAGAGUCCUUGUUUGAAGUUUUAAAGGCCUACUCCAUUCAUCGACCUGUGGAAGGUUAUUGUCAAGCGCAGGCCCCUAUAGCAGCAUUACUGUUGAUGCACAUGCCGGUAGAGCAGGCAUUUUGGUGCUUGGUAGCCAUUUGUGAUAAAUACUUGAUAGGCUACUACAGUUUAGGACUGGAAGCAGUGCAACUAGAUGGAGAUGUGCUGUUUGGACUGCUGAAGAAAUCAUCUCCCACUGUAUAUAAACAUAUGAGAAAUCAAAACAUUGAACCAAUUAUGUAUAUGACAGAGUGGUUCAUGUGUGUGUUUACACGGACACUGCCUUGGACUGUAGUCUUACGCUUGUGGGAUCAAUUUCUUUGUGAAGGUGUGAAGGUGUUAUUCCGAGUGGGCUUAGUGCUGUUAAAGACUGCAUUGGAGGGACAAGAAAAGUUGUCACAGUGCCCCUCUUUUUUUGACACACUGGAGAGGUUGCGGUUCAGAAAUUUGCCGCCAGAGUUCCAAGACGAGGAGUAUAUAUUUAGAGAAUCUCUUCGUCUGGGUAUAACUGAGAGAGACAUGGAGAAGGAACACUUAAAACAGAUCAAGAGGCGUAAGGCAGCCAGAGAAGCCAAAGAGAAGGAAGCUUUAUCAAGUUCUCAUGGUGGGUCAGAUGUGAGGCGGGGCCACGCCGGGGGAGCAGAUGUCAGACACAAGAGAAGAACAUAACAGGCCCCAAGUGGGUCUCAGCGCUAACUCUUGUACACAUUUAAACAUUCUGCUCUGUGAGAAUGAGGCGCAGCAUGAUGUGAAUUUAUGUUUAUGCAAAAAAAAAAAAAAGAAAAAUUUGGUCAUCGUCUUCUUGACCUGCAUUGAAACAUAGGACUUUAAAAGACUUGUAUAUGUGUACUUGGCUGCACGUUUAUCCUAGGCAUGAGGGGGGUGUGCUCUGUUCUAGACAUUUGUGUAAAGCUUUCCUGAGUAUGCAGUCAGACUGUGCCAAAGCUGAGUUGCUGGCUCAAUGCAUGACUCUCAUGCCAUUCAACAUAUUCAAGUGAUUCAUUGGAACAAGAGACUUUUGCUUAGUUUCCAUCUACCUGGUUUAACAACAAAAAAAAAGUCAACACUUCUUAAGUUGUACAUAAAGCCUCGAAGUGGCACAGCAGACACGAUGUGCCGAGGAAGCUCUUAUUUAUAAGUUAUUUAUUUCAAAGACUUCAGAUGUUUACAAUGUCAGUGUGAUACUCACUAGAAGAAAUGUUCUUGCCUUUUGUUCUUUUUUUUAAUGCUUGUGAUGUUUUUGUUCUAUAGAUUCAAGACGAUAGACUGUGUAUGUGGUUUAUUUAUCCUUCCUUACAAUUUCAUGCGGCUGUCAGUCCUAGCUGUGACCUACAUAUUUUGCCACAACUAGCCCAGACAUAACAAUUGUCUCACUAUGUUUGUUUUUUUCUCAGUGGGAAGCGUGGUCGAGAGGCCAAGUGCGCUUGAACUUGUCUUGUCUUGGCUACCUAGAAGGGGGCUCGAGGUUCGACACCCGACUCGGGCAGAGUUGUGUUUACUGAGCGCCUAAAGGCAGCACAGAAAACCAACUCCUAGAUACCCCCUCCCCCCCACUGGUCCACAAAAGAGAUUGGACCAAAAGCGCUCUCAGCAUGCUAUAAGCAUGAAAGUAGUGCCAUAUAAAAGCUAUAAUAAUAUUUUGCAGCCUAUACCUGUCCUUGGCAGAAUAUUUCCAUUUAAAGCUGUCAGAAAGUCACAGGGAGUAAAGACACCCUGAACCAUUACUGAUAUUUUAGUCUUAAAAGUUUUGUAAGAGAUGGUAAAUAUUAAUGCCUACUUUCCAUUGCUGAUAGUAGCAGAGUUUGUUUUUAGAAUCUAUAUGUUAUCAUAACAUGAAAAGUAAGUUAACAGUAUUUGACAUUGCACUGCAAUUGUAAUGAAAUUCUGUUAUAAUUUUUCUUGACUUAGAAACUCUUUCAUAUGAAAAUAAAUAAGCACUCUAAUUUUAAAUAUGAAAAGUCUGAUAUAAGCAUUGAUCUACCCUAGGACAUAACUGGGCUGGAGAGAAUAAUUUUAAUUCACUGAAUGUUAAUAUAUGUCAGUUUAACCUUACAAGGCUAGACUCAAGUAUAAUUUUUUUUGUCAGUAAUUAACUUUUUUUUUCAGUUAAAAUUUGCCUUUUAAGUAAAAAAAACAACUAAAUAAGGUUAUGGCCAUGAAGAAACCAUAUUCCCUUCAUAUAUAGUCGAUGUUUUGUCCAUUAUAAUGAAUCUGUCUGUGCCCUUAUGUGUAUACAUACAUACGUAUAUAUAACUUGCACACAUAUUAACCCUAAUAUAUAUACACACACAUGCUGCUCUAGACGCCUUGCUUCCCUUCCACAACCUCCUUCUGUUGUUGUUUUGCCUUAUAUUUGAAAACAAAGCAUUUUGUUUUGUCUGUAGGUAAGGGCAGACAACCUUAGGGUGGGUAACAAAUGACCCAAUAACAUUGUGUUGUCCCACUUGAUUCAUAGGAUGUGCAUUUUAAAUGUAUUUCAUUAUUCCUAACUGGAUGUGAUUAUUCCUAACUGAAGGGUGCUUUUGUAAACAUUGACAUGAUUUAAUCCUGUGUUAUGACUACCUUUCCAGCAAACCAGGUUAUUAGAGCUCUUUUGGGUUGAUCCCAUAUCAUCUGAGAAGUCACAUUCUCUGUAUAAUAACCCUUCCUAGUUUUUUUUUUUUUUUUUUGUUUUUUUUUCAAUUUCCCAUCUGAAUGCCUUGCCACAAUGAUUUGCUGGUAUGAUCUAUCAAGCUUCAUUGCAUGCUUUUUUUAUAUCACUGUUUAUAGGAUUCUGUUAUUAGCUUCUCUCCUGUGUAGGGUGUUGUUUGGAAUCUUUUUUUUUGUCCACCUUAUGCUCAAGAUUUAAGGUAGGCAACAGUUGAAUAAGGUCUGAAACUUGUUUUGUGUCUUUUGCCCUGCCUUUUGUUAAUAUUUCUGCAUUUAUUUUGUGUACAUUGAGAGUGAGAGAUGGCGGUACAUAAUACAUGGAGAGCGUCACAAAGAACAAGAAACAUAUAUAAUGACUUUCCAGAUCCUUUCCACUCACAACAAUUUUUGCUACUGAUAUACACAGUACAUUAUUGCCCUAAUGAAAAGGCUUAAGCUAGAAUCCCCCACGUAAGAGCUUUUGUGGAAAGAUAUCCUGAUAGAUAAAAUAGCUCCCAUCAAAAGAAACUCAUUGUCUUAGUAAAGUUCUCAGCAGGAAUUUUAUAUGAAAUUAUAAACAAAAUAGCACAAAUAUAACAUGCUGAUGCAGAUUUUUUUUUUUUAAUAAAAUAAGGGUUGGAUGAGAAUUGAAAAAAAACAACAACUAGUAACAGAAAGAUCAAAAAAAAAAAAAAAAAAAGGGGGAAAGAUGAUAAAAAUCAUGUGAAAAUACAUAAGCUAAAUGAAACAAAUCCCCAGAAAACUGCCUCCAUUUUAAAGGCUGGCUUUCCGAUAUCAACCAACAAUAUAUCUUUGAAAGCGUGUACAAGUUGAACUGUGCUGCAACUGUGUGGAACCAAUGUUAUUACAUUCCAGAUCUCAUCAUUUUGUGUUUUUUUUUAAAAAAAAGGCCUUUUUCUCAUCUCGCUGGUGCUUUUGUUGUCAUCUUACAGAAUGGGGAUGUCAGUGUGUGGAUCUCACCUGAUGCCCCAACCUUCUUCUCACUUAGCUGGCUGACCUAAAGUCACACCAUUGAACCUGGUCAAAGACUUUGCACUUUGUUUGUACCCCCUCCCCCUCCUCCCUCUAAGUGUCUGUCUACAUCUACACCCUCUUGCACUCUUGUGUAGUGUACAUACAGUGUACACAUUGUUGUACAUAAACUAGAAUGACUAGAUGAAACCUGCUUGGUGUGUACUAGCUGAAUGGUAAGGCUGCCAGGCUUGAUUGGCGACUUCAUUUGUUAUCAACUGUUAUGGUCAUUGGUGGGUUACGAGUUUUGUUUACAUUCCAUUUUGUUUCCCUGAUGAUAUUUCAUUGAUUUGUUUGCUUGAAAUGUCAUGCAUAUAUAAAAUAUAUUUCUAGGAAUAUCAUUGUUUUUUUAUUUUAUAUUGACUGGCUGCCAAUCAGAAUAAUGCACACUAAGUUUAAGGUAUAGAGUGAAUCUGUUGGAUCAUAAGGAGUGAUUUGUUGAAUCAAUUUACAUUUCUCCAUUCACUUGUCAUAAAUGUAUGUCAUACCAGAAGGAAUAAUUAAUUACCUAAUUUUUGUGAAGCAUUGUUUCAGUGAAAUUCUUAAUUUAUAGACCAUUAUAGAUAUUACUUUAGAAGAGACUUCUUAAUUAAGUAACAUGAGAAGUUGCAGACAUCUCCAGAUGUUAAAUGCCACAGACAUGUUUCAAUGGCAAUUCUUUUAAAAAUGUUUUUUAACUGCUUAGAAUUAGGGAGAUUCCAUUGCUGGGAAAAUUGGACAGGAAGAUCUCAUUGCUAAGAGACUUAACAGGGAGAUGUCAUUGUUGGGACACUAAACAGGGAGAUGUCAUUGUUGGGACACUUAACAGCGAGAUGUCAUUGUUGGGGUGGCAACACAAUUUUGCUUGGGUUCUGUGCACACAUUUUUUUUAUAAUGUGAAAUAUUUUAUUUUUCAGUUCUAAACAAUUUUUUUCCUUACAAUUUCCCCAUAAAGAUUUCUCUUUUCUUGACGUCUUGUGCAUGAGCAACUAUGUUUCUUGAAAAAACUUUCUAUCCUUAUUGUAAGUUUAUAAGAUUGACCAUAUGAAGAGAUUUGAAUAAUUGUAUUAGUACUGACAAUAUAGGCCCAGGAAUGUUUCAUUUCAUGAAAACAUUUUCUAUUUCUAUCCAUAUUGUAAGUUCAUAAGUUUGACUGUAUGAAGAGAUUUGAUUAAUUGUAUUUAAGUAUUAGUACUGACAAUAUAGGCCCAGGAAACUUUCAUUCUUUACUUUGCUUCAAGGAAUGAUCUUUUUUUUUAUUUCUAGAAUUGAAAUAUUCCUAAAUCUUGUAUAAAGUUAAGUUCCCCUUUCAGACCAUCCAAUAUAUAGGGCAGAUGAUGUUAAGCUCAACUGUUUCUUUGGACAACAGUAAAUGAGCAGGGUGUCAUAUGGCCAGCACAACGACCAUCUGCCUUUACUUUCCCCAACUAAAGUCAAGGUAGGCCCAGGGGUGGCCUAAAAAAUCACGAGGACCCGAGGUUUGGAAGCCAAGCUCUUAACCACUCAUCCACCGCGCCCCUGAAAGCUUGUAUAUGUUUUUUUUUAAAUGUACAGGAGGGGGGUGGGCAUUAGCCUGUAUUAUGAACACUUCUAAAGUUUUCAAUGUGUGUAUGUUAUAUUGAAAACUAACAUUUAAAAAAAGUUCAUAUAUGCUGUUCAUAUCUGGACUUCAUAUGUUCGAAACAAGCUGAAUGCUCGGCAGGUAUCUAAUGUGCUGUUAACCUCAUUAGCCCACCCCCAAAAGAUAUAAUGUCCUAUAAUAUUAAUUUUUUUGUGAAAAUUUCAACAAAUAGAUGAGCAGACAGACAGUAUCAUGCCAAUAUCUUUUAUUCAGACCAAAGAAUUUAUGAAACAAUUUUCCAUAAAAAAAAACCCAUUCAUCUCCUCAUUUUCAGAUUUUGCUAUUUUGUCAUCUCUCAUCAUUUCACCUGAGCCAAAUGUAUUCUGCAUAUUUAUCUUGUCUCUUGCAUUAUUCAUAAUCAAAAUGUAAUUUAUUGUCAUUGUUGAAGAUCGGAUGAAAUAAUGAAGUCUGCAUGAUGCGUGUGUGCACCCUCGUAGCAGUGCUCAGAAAAAGAAAUGCUUAGUGAGAGUGUCUCUGUUAUUGGAGAGUUGUUGUAUUCAAUGUAUGCCCUCUCUUUUUUUAGUAUAUUAUUAUAUCAGUUAUACAGGUGACUAUUUUGCGUGUGAUCUAUAUCAAGCAGAAGUGGAGUGGACCUUACUGCCUUAAUGAGCACUUACAGUGCCUUUUUAAGUUGAUUACAUUUUUUUCUCUCUCUCCUCUCUUUUUGUUGUUUUUUGCUAUUUUUAAUUAAAACUAAUUUAUAAUGUAAAUGGUCCACUGCUCAUUUUAUGUAAUACUAUUUUUGUUUAUUGUCAUUACAUAAAUGCAUUUUUUUUAAAUGGUGGAUGGUAUGUAGUGUAAUGUAAUGAUUGGACAAUGUAUCCUUACAAUUCAAUAAUAUAAGUAUUAGCAAUGUACCUUUCUGCUUUGUUACACUUGUAAAGAAUGUAGAUCUACUGAGUUAUGAACCAUAUAAAAGUUAUAUGCUGUUGCUUUUUUGUGUAACUAUGUUGUAUUUAUCUACUAGCCAUUAUAUAUUUUGUGUGGGUAGAAUAUAUUUUGGGUAAAAAAAAAUAUCUACAUGAACAGGAGAGGUAAUUUGUUAUUUUUUAAAAAGAAAAACAUAUUUUGAGUUACUGCACUUUUAUCAUCAUUGCUUGGCUGAAAAGAAAAUAGCUGGCUAAAAAAAUUCUUCUUAAGUUUAAGGUACAAACAAACUAAGCUUAUUUUUUUUUUAGUCAGUUACAGAAACAGAGGCAGAACAGUUAGAGGCCUGAAACUGACACAUUGCCUCUGAUAGGUCAACUUGUUAUGAUUUAAUUUUGACAAAAAAGUCAAUAACCUCAGCUUUACUAACUCUUGUAGUUUGUAGAUGAAUCAACCUUCUAAUAUAAUGAAAAUGAAAUUUGCUCUAGAUCCACACAGAGAUCAAGGUCACGUCUGCUCUGUUUGUCUAAUAAUUUUCUGUAAGCAGCAUGUAUUCUGUUCUUAUGAUUUUUUAAAAUUUUUCUUAAAUCAUUUUGAUCUUUUCAUGAAAAUUAUGACAACUAGUUGUUUUUUUCCCUCCGGUUCUUCCUGAUAAAACAAUUCACACUUUAUACUUUGUAUUGUCAGAAUUUUCCCCUAAGUUGGUUGGGGGUUGUUGGGGCUGUUAUUUCAUAAGUUGAUGUCAAGUUGAUCAACAAAUUGUUAGAGUCACAUGGCUUACACAAAUGUACUUGUCUUAUAGCAUCAACAAAAGGAUCAUUUACAACAUACUCUUCGGACUGGUGUCAAUUUGAUCAUGAAAUUAGUUUAUGGACUAAUAAUCUUUGUUGGACCUAUUAACCUCAUUUGGACCUAAUAGUCUUCAUUUCUGAGGGAACAUUGGAAAAUAAACAAAUCUGACAUGUAAAAAACUAAAAUUGCUUUGGAACGAAAAUUUAGCUUGCCAACAUUUUCUCCAUUUAAGCAGGAGUUUUUCUUUGAAAGUUUGGAGUAGAGAAUAUUGUAUUUUUCUACUUUUUAACAAUAAUAUAAAAAUGUUCACUAUCAGUUUAUGUAGACAGCUUUAAACCAAGUCCUCUUUGUUGAAUUUCUUUAUUUUAAAAUUAUUUUUUUUAAAUAAAUGAAAUUGAAAUAGAACACAAGGUGUUUCUGUGCAUUUUUUUUUUUUUUUUGAGAAUUAAAAAAAAAAAAUAGAGAAAUAUUUUAGGGGAGCUAACUAAAGAAAAUAACUUCUGUUUCUAUGUUGCUGUUAGUUUUUGUUUUGUUUUUAGUUCAUAGCAAUAAAAUAUCAAGAUUGGUUUUGGCUGCUCAAAUUACUUGCACAGCUUUUGGUCAACCAUAUUUGCACAGUUUUGAUUUUUUGGCUUUUUGAUGUCUUCAAUCUGUCAUAUUAAUCUGAAAGUGUAGAAAAGAAUAUAUCCAUAUGUAUUGUUAUUAAAAAAAUGAUUGACAAUAUUUCUUUUUUUAAUUUACAAUUUUGUUAAAUGUUUGUUUUAUUUUACAAAAUCUUGUUUCUGUAUAAAUAUGUUUUGUUAAAGAUGAUUUGCCAAAGUUCUAAUUUUAACUUUUUUUUUUUUAUCUGUGAUGCAUCAACAUGUCUUGAUGGACAAAAAAAAAAUAAAUAAAAUCAACCAGACUAUGAUAAUUAUUUCCCACAAACUGGAGUUAUGUAUUCCCUAUAUUUAUGCAUUUGUGUAUUUUUCUAUGUUGGUUCUGUGUUUUUUUAAAAAUGGCUUUGAAAAGCUGGGAGAUUUGUGAACAAGAUAAUAUGUCUUCUUUAAACACAAUAAAUAUUACAAUAGGUAUCCACAAUA